GGCAGACCUCCCUACCCCUGUGACAGAGGAGAAAACAGAGGCGCCCGGCCCCGCCCCGACACAGCGCGACCGAAGCCGCCAGGACACAAACCACCGCCCCGCCUGCCUCCUCCCUCUCCUCCCCGGCGCCAGCCGCCGCCUCCGUCCUCCUCCUCGUCGUCGUCUCCUCCUACCCCCGAAAAGGCUGAGAUCGCCGGUUCGCGGGCCAUUUGAUUUUGGCGCGCGGUUUCUACUUUCUAGCCGUGCUUCCCAUGGCCGGGUCCAUCGCGGCCGCGGCCUUCUUCCCGGGGCCGCCGGGGCCGCCGCCGCCGCCCAAGAGCGCCCUGGGCGAGCGUCCGGACAGCCUGGACGUCCGCGGCAUCGCCGCGAGGCAGGCCUCGUCGUCCUCCGCCGUGAGGGCCGCCAGGACGCGCGCCCACGCGGCCGUCCCCAAGGUGAACGGCGGCGGCAAGUCGGCGCUGGCGGACGCGGAGCACGACGCCAUGCCCUCGGCGGCGCAGCCGAGGACGUUCUACAACCAGCUGCCCGACUGGAGCAUGCUCCUCGCGGCCAUCACCACCAUCUUCCUGGCCGCCGAGAAGCAGUGGACGCUGCUCGACUGGAAGCCCAAGCGGCCCGACAUGCUCGUCGACACGCUGGGCUUCGGCACCAUCGUACACGACGGCGUCAUGUUCAGGCAGAACUUCUCCAUCAGGUCCUACGAGAUUGGGGCUGACCGGACGGCGUCCAUUGAGACGCUCAUGAACCAUCUGCAGGAAACUGCACUCAAUCAUGUGAAGGUCGUUGGGCUGCUAGGAGAUGGCUUCGGUUCGACGCCGGAGAUGAGUAAACGGAACUUGUUCUGGGUUGUCAGCCAAAUGCAGGCCAUCGUCGAGCGUUAUCCAUGCUGGGGUGAUACUGUUGAGGUGAACACCUGGGUUGGCCAUCAUGGUAAAAACGGGAUGCGUCGGGACUGGCAUAUACGUGAUUCUGUGACGGGCCUUACAGUACUGAAGGCGACAAGUAAAUGGGUUAUGAUGAACAAGGUUACUAGAAGGCUUGCAAGAAUUCCAGAUGAAGUACGGACUGAAAUAGAGCCGUUCUUUUCUGAGUAUGCUGCUAUUGAUGACCAAGACAACCGAAAAUUUCCAAAACUGCCGGAGCAUGACCGUGCUACCUCAGCCAAAUAUGUCCGGACAGGCCUGACUCCACGGUGGGCUGAUCUUGAUAUCAAUCAGCAUGUCAAUAAUGUUAAAUACAUUGGCUGGAUCCUUGAGAGCGCGCCAAUCUCCAUCCUGGAGAACCAUGAACUGGCGAGCAUAGUCCUGGACUACAAACGGGAGUGCGGCCGGAACAGCGUCCUGGAGUCGCACACCACGGUGCACACCGACUGCGCCGACGAGUCCGGAGAAACAACUCUGCACUGCGAGCAUCUGCUGAGCCUGGAGUCAGGACCGACCAUCGUGAAGGCCCGGACCAUGUGGCGGCCCAAGGGGGCCAAGUCCCAGGAAACGGCGGCUCUGUCGUGGUGAUUUUCGGCGGAAAAAAUCACACAUUGCACAUACAUAUGGAUGCCUAUAAUCCCAUCAUGGCAUUGCAAAGGGAUGCCCAAGUUAUAUACAUAUACAUAGAAUGGAAGUGUGUGAAGGUGGAGGGGGUCAGAGGGGUAUAGGAGAGCGAUCAGAAGCAGAGAAGGCAAAUUGGUGUUGUAAUUAUCUGAGUUUGUAGCUACUGCGGUGUGAUGGGAGGUGAAUGCUUCCCACACCACACCUGGGGUCUGUCUGUCUGUCUGUCUGUCUGGGGCUGUGUCUAUAUUACGAGCCCCUGAAGGCAGCCUGCUUUAUCCUUACUGAACUUUAAGAUCGUAUAUUGUACUGAUUUUAUUGUAAAUGUGAGAUCGGCUCCUUCUCUCC